GAGGGGAAAAACAUUUUGGAGGUCUCGGCUAUGGCGGAGGACGCUGCCGAGAGGCGCAUGGAGCGGCCGCUAUUCGGUGUCUCGCCCCCGACGCCUACUGCGAGCUCCGCGGGUCCAACCCUUGCCGUCCAGGGAAAUUAUGCGAGCAUAGAUUGGCAUGGCCUAGCCCAGAAGAGGCCAGCGAUUUCAGGUACCAGUGCUGGGCCGCCUCGCCCUGCUGUUAGCACAAGCACCGCAGCCGUGUCUGGAUCGAGCUCUCACAGGCACCUCUGUAGGCCAUGGGACUGUGGGGAUUUACUGAGGCGUCUAUCCACGUUUAGAACCAGCAACUGGAAUGCCCAGGUGAUCGGUCCGGCCGUUUGCGCAAGGAAAGGCUGGGUCAAUGUCGACGUUGAUAUGAUCGCGUGUGAGGGGUGUGACACGCAUCUCAGCUUCGCAUUACCAUUGCAGACUGAAGUUGAAGCUGCCUCAGAAUCGUUUCGGAAGCAGCUGGAAACCAGCCAUCAGAGGUCUUGUCCAUGGAAGGGGAAUGCGUGCUCCGAGUCCCUGGCACAAUUCCCAAGCUCUGCUAUGGCUUUGAUUGGUGGUUACAAUGAUCGGUGUGACGCGCUGCUUCAACUUCCUAGUCUUCCGGUUGUCUCAACUUUUGCAGUUGAUCAGAUGAGGCUGUCCAGAGGUCCUCAGAUUGAGCGCCUGCUUUCACUGCCUGCAAUGCAUUUCCCGGAAAGAAAUGGAGCGGGACCAUUGACAGAUGACUUUGUCAAGGCACAGAGGAUCAUAAGCUUUUGUGGCUGGGAAGCUCGGUUGCUCCCACACGCUGGAGAUCUUGAAGACUACUCAGCCCACUCUUCACGAAAGCCUAACAAGGCUUCUGCGUCCCUCAAGCGGGCGAAGCGGACCAUGCCAAGAUCUGAUAAAGAAGGUGACAGCAGGGGAGCCAGACAGACCGCUUCGACGCUCUUGGAAUGUGUCUACUGCGGAGCCAGCGUUCCUAUUUUACGCUUUCAGACAGUUGCUCGUCCGGGUGGCGGAAGUACAGGUUCCGAGUAUCCAUCGUCGGACAACAAAAGUCUUCCCCUAGUUCGAGGAGCCAGCGCAGCGAGUAGCAUCGACAUUCACAAGAGAAGGCAGCGGUUGGAAGGUGGUGAAGCUGGCGAAGCGACAGAGCAGAAGCCACCAUCGCUGACUAUCACAGCAGCAAGGGCCUCGCCAACCAACUUGAAUGUCACUCCUGUAGCACGACCAGAACAGCAGCCGGAGGGAAGUGAGAUGGGAGAUUGCGGUGUAGCAUCUUACGAGUCGAGAGGGCCACGGGAUGAUCACCAGGGAACAGCAGCUCAGGGUGACAGUUCCACGUACGUGCCACAGCUCAGGGCUGAGAGCGCUGGGGGUACGAAUGGAGAUUUUGACAAUGAAGACGAGGGAAAGAACGCUGCCGAAUCCUCAAAACGCAAGCGCGUGCCAGAGAGCCUAGCAGCUGAUCAGCACUCUCUUGGAAUGGCUGUCAGUGGCAACGCUGCUACGUGCGAGCAGGAAGGCGAGACUGAAGACCGGAAGAACAAGAAGGUCUGCAUUGGGCCGGCAACCGCCAUUGAACGGACUGUUAGCCUUGAAGUCCCUGACAACACUUACAACAGGAGUGCGAGAAGCUUGCCAGUACGUCAGGAGAACCUGCGAAGAAGAGUCACCAGAGAGUAUCCAUGCUCGUCGUCCGUGAAUGCCAUAGAUACCUGCUUCCAGAACAAGAUGGAAGACUCUAUGGACAGCGUGGAGUUCGCUCCCCAGGAUGAUGCCCAGCAGCACACUGCUGCAAGUGGAUAUACAGAGAACGAGUGGCUGUUUGACGAGCCCAACAGUACUGUUCAAGGACAACAGAGCAACUCUUAUGCGCCGGCGGCUAUCCAAGAACAGGCGACCGGGGAAACUAAUGCUGCUGUUAUCAGCACUGGCACUGCUACUGGAUGCGGUGGAAGCGUCGGUAUGGCAGGCAUUCGACUCGGCAGUCAGAGGGUUCAGAGCAACGAGGCUGAUAUUCAAGGAGCGGAGUUAUCUGAACUUCAGACCGAGAGUGUCGCGGGAGAACCAGCUGACGCCGUGGUAGACGCAGUAGUGGAUCAAGGUGACCCUGGCCUCGUUUGCGACUCAACGCCUCUAACAGCAGCCCAGGACUGUGCCGGUGGUGGGGACGAGUCCGGGGAAAGUGGCUCCAAAGCGAGCCUAAGGCCACGCAAUGGGUUUUCAGAAGAGCGAACCAUAGACACGACAAAUGCCGUGGUGACUGGGUGCUCCAUAGGAACGAUAGCGAAAGAGAUGACGGAGGGGUCCGUGGAGGUGGCAGCAGUCGGUGAUAACGUUCGAGCCGUCAAUGUUAACAGUGCUCCAACAGUGAAAGAAGCCGAAGACACGCUUUUCGAUCCGAUUCGUUGCCAUCGGAGCUUCUGUCCUUGGGUGAACGGCCUCGUUUUAUCGGCUGCGAAUGGCACGUUUGGCCCGGGGCCUGUUUACUGCGGGUGGCAGCUAACUGUGGAUGCCUUGGAUGCUUUUCACCAGCAGGAGAACGCCUCUGCCGGAGUGACCGAGUCGGAAUCUACAGCCUCGAUGUGCAAGGAUGAUGGCCGUGGACGAAUUUUUGCUCAGGGAAGCUCAUCGCAGCCUUGCAACGGGAGUAGCAGGCUGGAGCCCAAUUGAUGGCUUGAAGUUAUGAAUCACACUAAGUGGUAACUCUCUUACCAGUAAAGUUCCAUUGGAUCAUUAUCUACUUUUUAGAAGAGCAUUGGUGCUGAUUGUUCAUACAUGUAGUUGAUUUGUUUUUAACACACUUGAUUGAGGAGAGCAA